UGACACGCCAUAUCAAGGCAAAGUCCUCUCUUUUUUAUUACAGUUACCCUCUCUUUAUUAAAGUGACCAUGGCUGAUGCUGAUGAUCACUCGCUGCGUGCGGCGCAGUAUGCUGCUAUUAUUUCCAUGCUGAAUCUCAACCAGACGGAUCCACAGGCUCAAAAUGAUGCCUUGGAUGACCCUGCGAGUACCGUGGCACUACGCGAAAACGUUAUUUGGAAAGUUCUCAUCUUUGACAAGUUUGGACAAGACAUCGUUUCGUCUAUUAUGCGUGUCAAUGACCUUCGAGAUAACGGCGUCACCGUACACAUGUUGCUUUCGCAGGAUCGAUCAGCUUUACCCGACGUACCAGCCGUUUACUUUGUAGAACCCACCAUCGACAAUGUGAAGAGAAUAGCCGACGAUCUUAACCGCAACUUGUACGAUUCUUACUAUAUCAACUUUUGUUCUACUGUUCCUCGUCCUGUUCUGGAAGAGUUUGCCACCACCACUAUUGCCAACAAUACGGCAGAUAUGGUCACACAAGUGUAUGAUCAGUACCUCAACUUUGUAUGCACGAAUCCCGACGUCUUCUCUUUAAACCAGGCCAACGUGUUUGUCAAUUUGAACGAUCCUACAGCUGCAGAAACCAUGAUUGACGAAACUAUCGAUCGUACUGUCAAUUCGCUUUUUUCGGUGAUCGUGACCAUGGGUGUGAUUCCUAUUAUACGAUGUCCUCGUGGUAAUGCGGCGGAAAUCAUUGCCAACAAACUCGAUAGUCGAUUGCGCGACCAUUUGAUGAAUUCGCGUACCAACCUAUUUUCAGAAAGCGCACACAAUUCGUCGAAUUUGCAACGCCCUGUGCUUAUUAUUCUGGACCGCAGCAUGGACUUGACUCCCAUGUUGAGCCAUUCAUGGACAUAUCAAGCGCUGGUACAAGAUGUACUCACCAUGAAACUUAACCGGAUCACGGUGGAAGCAGAUGAACACAACCCCACACGGAAAUCAUACGAUCUCAAACAAAAGGACUUUUUCUGGAACAAAAAUGCUUCCAGUCCAUUCCCUCAAGUCGCCGAGGACAUUGAUAUCGAAUUAAACAAGUACAAGGAGGAUGCGGCUGAAAUCACACGAAUGAGCGGUGUCAACUCGUUGGAGGAUGUGAAUCAAGUGGAUUUGUCAAGCAACACCAAGAUUCUCAAGUCAGCCAUUACAGCUUUGCCUGAAUUGACGGCGCGCAAGGAGACCUUGGACAUGCAUAUGAACAUUGCUACAGCUUUACUGAAUGCCAUCAAGGACCGACAGCUGGAUGCGUUCUUUCAAAUUGAAGAAAACAUUACACGACAGAACAAGAAUCUGCUGUUGGAAGCGCUUCGGGAUCCGGAAAAGAAGAACCCAAGUGACAAGAUGCGUUUGUUCCUCAUUUACUACCUCUCCACCGUGGAAGAGAUCUCAAAAGAGGAUAUGGAAAACUAUGAAAAGGCGUUACAGGAUGCAGGCUGUGAUUUGGCCCCGCUGCAUUACAUCAAAAAGGUGCGUGCACUGAUGCGUAUGACGUCCAUGUUGGGCUCACCUACCGCCCCAUCGGGCGGGUUUUCUCAAAAUGAUCUCUUCCGAGGUUUUAGCAGUAUUGGCAACAAGUUGAGCGAUCGAUUAAAGGAAGGCGGUCUUGGUGGAGGAUUCGAGAACCUGUUGUCGGGUGUGAAGAAUUUAUUACCGACGCGAAAGGAGCUAGUGAUUAGUAAAAUUGUGUCAGACAUCAUGACUCCGCCUUCAAACGAGGCUUCGAAAGCAGACGAUUACUUGUACUUUGAUCCCAAGCUUAGCAAGAACGCGCGUUCGCCACGACAACACCGCGUGGCAUUUCAAGAAGCCAUUGUGUUUGUCGUGGGAGGCGGCAACUAUGUUGAAUACCAGAAUUUACAGGAAGUCGCCAAUGCCAACAAUCAAAAGAAGAAAAUUACCUAUGGAUCCACGGACAUUCUUUCACCCAGUGAAUUUUUGCAACAGUUGGAUGCUUUAGGGAAGAUUGCGGCUUAAAACAUGGGGACUCCAAUAAUUUACAACCAUAAUAAUAAUCAAAAAAAAAAAAAACCAAUACAGCUUUCAAAGG